AUGUCGGACUGUAAACAUGGCGGCCUGCACGAGUCUGCACAAGAACACGUCAGUCUGGACCAAAGUGCGUGUUUGUCUCCGGACCAGGGACAGAUACUGGGUCUAACAGACAUGUCCGAAUGCGACUACACCCACCUCCAGCACAUCAUCCAAACACACAUAGACACCCAGAGACAAAACCCGGACAUCCACACAAACCAGAACACAAACAUGGAUAAAAACACAAUAAUAUCUCCGCUAUCAACUGUACAAGCCAUAGACCUGUCCACCGCAUCUGACGGACACGACGGACACGUUUUACCUGUGGAGAAGACGCCCACUUACGGAGAGGUACCUGGUUAUGUGUUGGCCAAAAUCAAAGGAGGGGACACGACCGCUGCUCCGCCGGGCACCUGCUCCGUCACGUCUCUAACCAAAGGCUCCUCCGCUGCAAGAGUCUGUUUGGAGAAGAGAUUCAGCGCCGUCACAGGAGCUUUGGGACAACAAGAUCUUCAGUCUUCCGUCCUUAGCGACUUUCUGACGGUGGUCCAGCAGCCUCCAGAGACACAAGAUGCAGGUGCUCACCCCAUUCGUCAGAGGUGGAUCAGGUGCGACACGAGAACCGGCUCGCUCAUAGGACUAUUUAACCCUGUAAACAACAUUUGUGGAGCAGUCAUGCACCAAAGCUUGAUCAUUCCCAAGGGACUUCCUCUGAAUCUCUGCCCAGAAAGAGUCCAAGCCAGAAACCACAUUGUAAAACCCAACUCUCCAUUAUUAAACGAUAAAAAAACCUCCCCGGCGCCUAAAAGCGUUCAGUGCGCGAAAUCCACAGCAACCAAAGACACGUCCGAUUCUCCUGGAGACACUGGGAGCGGAGGGAGGAAACGGGAGAGUGGAGUUGUCCCCCGGAGCCUCCGCAAAGAAAGACACAACAGCAAAGAGCGAGAGCGCAGGAGGAGGAUCCGUGUUUGUUGUGACGAGCUGAACACACUCGUGCCGUUCUGUCACACACACACCGACAAAGUCACAACUCUACAGUGGACCACCGCCUACGUCCGGUACAUCAGCAAGAUCUAUGGAGAGGCGUUGAGAGAGGACUUUCAGAAGACUUUCACAGAUAAAGAUGGACUGAUGCUGGACCCGUCCUCAGUGAACGCUCUGAUCCUCCAGGAAACACAGAACAUUUGUAUGACAGUGGAGCCUUAA